AUGGCUAAGUAUCAAAAUACUCCAAUGCAAAACAUGAGUUUCAUUCUAACAACCUGUUUCCUCUUGAGUAUAGCCUUAGCAAAUGCUGAGUUUACCAAAAACACUUACAUCAUUCAAAUGGAAAACUCGGCGAAACCAGAAGUGUUUUCCAGUCAUCUAGAUUGGUAUUCAUCAAAAGUGAAAUCAGUUUUGUCUAAAUCAGUAGAAACUGAAAUAGACAAGAAUGAUGAAGAGAGAAUCAUUUACAGUUACAGCACUGCUUUUCAUGGAAUGGCUGCUAAAUUAAGUGCAGAAGAAGCAAAAAGACUAGAAUCUGAAGAUGGUGUUGUAGCUAUUUUCCCUGAUACAAAGUAUGAACUACACACUACAAGAAGUCCUUAUUUUCUUGGUCUUGAACCAAUUCAAACCAACAACAAAAGCUGGUCGGAGAAACUAGUUAGCCAUGAUGUUGUGGUUGGAGUUUUGGACACUGGUAUUUGGCCUGAGAGUGAGAGUUUCAAUGACGCCGGAAUGACGCCGGUACCUUCUCAUUGGAAAGGUGCAUGUGAAACUGGUAGAGGGUUUCAAAAACAUCAUUGUAAUAAGAAGAUUGUGGGUGCAAGAAUCUUCUACCAUGGAUAUGAAGCAGCAACUGUUCAUGGUGCUAAUCUUCUUGGUUAUGCUUAUGGAACAGCAAGAGGAAUGGCUCCAGGUGCAAGAAUUGCAGCUUACAAAGUAUGUUGGACUGGUGGAUGUUUCAGCUCAGAUAUUCUAUCAGCUGUUGAUACAGCAGUAGCCGACGGAGUCAAUGUUCUAUCGAUCUCUUUAGGUGGUGGAGUUUCUUCUUACUACCGCGAUAGUCUAUCCGUAGCUUCAUUCGGAGCUAUGGAAAAGGGUGUUUUCAUUUCAUGUUCAGCGGGAAACUCAGGACCUGAGCCUGUGAGCUUAACAAAUGUUUCUCCAUGGAUCACAACAGUUGGAGCUAGCACAAUGGACAGAGAUUUUCCAGCAGAUGUUAGCCUCGGAAAUGGAAGAAAAGUAACCGGAACAUCGCUCUAUAAAGGACAAGCUAUGCUCUCGGUUAGAAAACAGUACCCUCUGGUAUACAUGGGAGGUAACUCAACUAGUCCUGAUCCAAGAUCUUUGUGUUUAGAAGGUACUUUAGACCGUAAACUCGUAGCCGGGAAGAUUGUGAUUUGCGAUAGAGGAAUUAAUCCUAGAGUUCAAAAGGGUCAAGUAGUGAAAAAUGCAGGAGGUGUAGGAAUGAUUCUCACGAACACAGAAGCAAAUGGUGAAGAGCUUGUAGCAGAUUGUCACCUAAUUCCUGCAAUAGCAGUAGGAGAAAAAGAAGGCAAAAGCAUCAAACAGUAUGUGUUAACAAAUAAAAAACCAACUGCAACAUUAGCUUUUCUAAACACAAGAUUAGGAAUCAAACCAUCACCUAUAGUAGCUGCAUUUUCAUCAAGAGGGCCUAAUUUGCUUACCCUCGAAAUUCUCAAACCCGACAUAGUAGCACCUGGUGUGAACAUUCUUGCUGCAUGGAGUGGUGUUACAGGUCCAUCAAGCUUACAAACAGAUCACAGAAGAGUGAAAUUCAACAUCCUUUCCGGGACUUCCAUGUCGUGCCCUCAUGUAAGUGGAAUCGCGGCGAUGAUCAAAGCUAAACAUCCUGAAUGGAGUCCUGCUGCUAUAAAAUCCGCAAUCAUGACAACAGCUUAUGUUCAUGAUAAUACUAUUAAACCUCUUAGAGAUGCUUCUUCUGCCGAGUUUUCAACUCCUUACGAUCACGGUGCAGGUCACAUUAACCCUCGAAAAGCACUUGAACCAGGUUUAGUAUAUGAUAUUCAACCACAAGACUACUUUGAGUUUCUUUGCAAACAGAAACUGAGUCUUUCCGAAUUAGGAAUUUUUGCCAAACAUUCAAACAAAACGUGCAAGCACACUCUUGCUAAUGUAGGUGACUUGAACUAUCCUGCUAUAUCAGUAGUGUUUCCUGAGAAAACAACUGGUUCAGCUUCGGCGAUUCACAGAACUGUUACCAAUGUUGGACCUGCUGUUUCGAAAUAUCGUGUGAUUGUUACGCCAUUCAAAGGCGCUGAAGUUAAAGUUGAGCCUGAUACAUUGAAAUUUACUAGGAAAUAUCAGAAGUUAUCUUAUAAGAUCAGUUUCAAAAUUACAACUAGGCAAAGUGAACCAGAAUUUGGAGGUUUGGUAUGGAAAGAUGGGGUGCAUAAAGUAAGAAGUCCUAUUGUGAUAACAUAUCUUCCACCAAUGUGA